GAAUCCAAAAGACAUCUGGGCUCCCUGACACAGAUGGGAAUAGGGUCCAUGGUCCGGGAGAUUGCAGAGGAAAUUGAUGUCAGUGACAGCAAGGAGGAGAAUUCAGAAGAUUACAACAGCAAGUCCCCCUCAGCCGUGGAUUUUUCUGACAUCACUGAGACAGCAGAUGAUGACGAAUUCCUGGGAAUCAGUAGAGAAUUGCUGGAUAAACAUGACAGCCACAUCGAAGUAGAUGAUCGGAAGCUGAUGCCUCCUCCAUCUUGGUUGCCAUGUCCAACUCAGCCAAUCAGCAUUAGCACUUCUGAGAGUGGAGCUUCCCUUCUGCAAACGACCACAGGAGGCGUGUCCAGUGGUGAGCAAGUGUCUCCCUCAUCCCUGAGCCCCGGCAAAAAGCUGCAUACCCCUCUUGCUGACAUGAUGCCCCCAGAGCUGGCCAAUGUGGAUGUCACCUCUCUUUUCCCAGAGUUUAGACACGGUCAGGUCCUGCGAUUUUCAAGACUGUUUAAACCAGCUCAUAGUCCUCACAUCUGGAGGAAAAAGCGAAAGAAGAAAGAGGAUGAAGACAAGAAGGAUGCCAAAGAGGAUGACAAGCAAAAGAAGGAUGGUAAAAAGAAAGACAGCAAGGAUGCGAAAGGAGGUAAUGACAAAGAGGUGGGUGUUCCAGAGAAGGGCGAUGCUGCUGGCACACUCAAAGAUGGGGCAGAUCAAGGAAUCAAGGAGGAUACUGAAACAGUCAAAGAUAUUACAGAGGAAGACGCCCAUGAGGGGGAAGAUGAGGAGAGUGAAGAGGAAGUAGACAUAAAACUUAAUCUUGGGAGACCUCCAAAGAAGGAAGAGCUUAUGGAGGAUGAUGAGAAUAUUUUGAAGCGACCACUAGAUCUCUACUCUAGCCGAGGUCACUCCAAAAUGAUGGACACUGACCAGGAUGUGGAUGUGGCCCCCUGGCGCUAUGGUCCUUCCAGGUAUUGGUAUGAUUACCUGGGGGUGGACGAGACGGGUCAAGGCUUCCAGUAUGGCUUCAAGUUAAAGCCAGAGGAAGACAAGAAGUGGGAGGAAGAAGAGGCUGAAAGACUAGACAAGGAUCUCGACUAUGAUCGAUACCUCAUGGUCACUCAGCAGAGAUGGGAGGAUAAAAUCAUCUGGGAUGGAGAGGAAGCCAAGCAACGAGUCCUGGAAGAGCAUAAGAAGAACGUGGAGUUUGCUGGAUGGGUGCCCAGUACCAACAACAGGACUUUUGCCCAGUCACGGUCUCAGUCUGGCCUUAUGCAGAGAUCCAAGUCCAUUCUCUCCAAGACUGUGGACUCUGACCUUGGCAAAGACGGUGAGUGGUACUCCAUCUUCCCUGUGGAAAAUGAAGCGCUCAUCUACAAGAACUGGGAGCGGGACAUAAUCUGGGACGCUCAGAGCGUAGACUUUGUGCCCACUCCAAAGGUCCUCACUUUGGACGCUAACGAUGAAAACAUCAUACUGGAAAUACCUGAUGACAUAGACCCCAACCAACAGUCGGAGCAGGAUACGGUCACCAAGAAGGAGAAGGAAAACAUGAGAAAGAGUAAAAUUUUGCUGGGGAAAGCAGGCAUUCUGAAGGAUGGUAACGAUGAGAAAGAAGAGGUUCCAAAUGCAGUGAAUGCCAAGGAUGUGUUCAACCUGUCAAACGAUGAGUACUACAGCCCCAAGCAGAUGGAGAACGCUCUUAGACCAAACAUAGGCAGUUCUGUGGUGCAGCACUCUACACCAGCUGCCGAGCUGCGGCAGCCAUUCUUCCCCACCCACAUGGGCCCCAGCAAGUUGAGGACGUUCCACCGACCACUACUCAAGAAGUAUUCACAUGGCCCUCUGGCCUCAUUUGGGCCUCAUCCUGUUCACAGCCUCAACAAGGUCAUAAAGAGGAAGGCCAAGAUAAGAGAACAGGAAAGGCAGGCUUUUGGUGGUGGGGAGAUUUUCUUUAUGAGGACGCCUCAAGACCUAACUGGCAUGGAUGGAGAACUCAUCCUGGCAGAGUACUCUGAGGAAUACCCUCCUUUGAUGAUGCAAGUGGGAAUGGCAUCCAAGAUCAAGAAUUACUACAAGAGGAAACCUGGCAAAGAUUCAAACCCUCCAACCUUCAAGUAUGGAGAACUAGCUUACGCUCACACGUCACCUUUCAUUGGAGCCCUGAAACCUGGCAACUGUCUGCAGGCUCUGGAGAACAACAUGUUCCGUUCUCCUAUCUAUGAGCACAUUGUGCCCCAGACAGACUUUCUUGUUAUUAGGACUAGACAUGGGUACUUCAUUCGUGAUGUUGAGACCAUAUACACCGUCGGACAACAGGGUCCUCUGAUGGAAGUGCCAGGACCAAAUUCUAAGAGGGCCAAUAACUUUGUUCGAGACUUUCUGCAGGUUUUCAUCUAUCGAUUGUUCUGGAAAAGCAAAGAUGAGCCUCGCAGGAUCAAGAUGGAGGACAUUAAGAAAGCAUUUCUGUCUCACUCAGAGAGCAGCAUCAGGAAACGUCUUAAGCUUUGUGCAGAUUUUAAGAGAACAGGUAUGGAUUCAAACUGGUGGGUCCUGAAGCCAGAUUUUAGACUUCCAACAGAGGAAGAAAUUAGGGCAAUGGUCUCGCCAGAACAGUGCUGCGCCUGGUAUAGUCUGACCACUGCCGAGCAGAGGUUAAAGGAUGCUGGUUACGGGGAGAAGUCCUUGUUUUCUCCUGAAGAAGAAACUGAAGAAGAUGCUCAGAACAAAAUUGAUGAUGAGAUUCGAGCAGCUCCAUGGAAUACCACCAGGGCUUAUAUUGCGGCCAUGAAGGGAAAGUGUCUACUACAGCUGACUGGCCUGGCUGAUCCGACAGGAUGUGGCGAAGGCUUUUCCUACAUCAAAGUUCCAAAUAAACCUACCACCAAGGAAGAAGCUAAGGAAACCCCAGUCAAGAAGACUGUCACAGGAACCGAUGCAGAUCUCAGGAGACUCAACCUGCAGGAUGCCAAACAACUACUGCGCAAAUUCGGUGUGCAUGAGUCCGAGAUCAAGAAGUUGUCCAGAUGGGAGGUCAUUGAUGUGGUCAGGACCAUGUCAACAGAGCAAGCAAAGCAAGGACAAGAUACUACUGGAUGGGUCAAGUUUGCACGUGGAAACCGUUACUCAGCUGCAGAACACAUGGAACGGUACAAGGAUGAGUGCCAGAGAAUAUUUGAUCUACAGAACAGGGUUUUGGCUUCCACUGAAACAUUAUCCACGGAUGAGGGGUCGACAUCUGGGGAGGAUUCUGAUUUUGAGGAAAUGGGCAAAAACAUCGAGAGCAUGUUGGCCAAUAAGAAAACUAGCACACAGCUGUCGCGAGAGAAAGAAGAAGCAGAGAGACGAGAACUACAGAGAAUGUUGAAAGGGGACAUGAGUGAUGCCAAGGACAAAAAGUCCAAAUCUGGGGCUGGUAUGAAUAAAGAUGAUGAUUUAAUGCAUCGAGGCCGGAAGCUGAAAAUUGUUAGAACCUUCCAUGAUGACACUGGCCGACAGUACCAGCGCUCGGAGAUGGUCACAAACCCUGUGGUUAUUGAUGCCUACUUGAGGAUUCGACAGACCAGGGACCCAAACUUUAUAAAACAGUUUGCAGCCAUGGAUGAUCAGCAGAAGGAAGAAAUGAGAAAGGAAAGGAGGAGGAUACAGGAGCAGCUCAGGAGGAUCAAGAGGAACCAGGAGAAGCCCAUGUCUACUCCGCCUCCAAAGAAAAAACCAAAGAAGGAAAAAGAACAACUCAUCAAGGCUUCCAAGAUGAAAUGUGGUGCCUGUGGGCAGAUAGGACACAUGAGGACCAACAAAGAAUGUCCCGUGUACAACAUGAAGGGUCCUGGUGCCGGCUCACUGCAGGUGGCCAUGACGGAAGAGCAAGAGGAGGAGGAGGAGAAGAAUGUUCCAGCAGAUCAUGAUCUCAUCAAUGUUGAAGGCACCAAGAUUAUCAUGUCAAAGACCUUGCUUGAACACGCUGAGAACAUUCGUCGCAAGUCUCUGGUGUUGAAGGUUCCCAAACAGGCUGUGGAAACAAAGAAGAAACGCAGGGUCAGCACCAUUGUGCACUGUGACUACUUGAAGAAACCUAAACAGUCAUCAAACAGACGGAGAACUGACCCACUGGUCACGCUGUCCUCCAUAUUUGAAAGCAUCCUGAAUGAACUGAGAAGUUUGCCUGAUAUCCAGCUGUUCUUGUUCCCUGUCAACCAGAAGGAGGUACCUGACUACUACAGGAUUAUCAAACGCCCCAUGGAUAUGCAGACGAUGAGAGAGCAAGUGAGACAGAAGAGGUAUCGCUCACGGGAGGAUUUCCUCACAGAUCUGCAUCAGAUUGUGGAAAACAGCAAGCUGUACAAUGGAGGGCAACAUUUGUUAACCUUAAGUGCCCAGGCAUUAUUGGAUCAUUGUUUCAAGAGGUUUGCAGAGAAAGAGCAGAAGUUGAUGAGACUAGAGAAAGCCAUCAAUCCCCUCCUGGAUGACAAUGACCAGGUGGCUCUGUCCUACAUCUUCGAGAAGGUCAUUAACUCCAUGAAAGCCAUAGAAACGUCCUGGCCAUUCCAUACACCAGUCAACAAGAAGGCGGUCAAAGAUUAUUACACAGUCAUCCAAAAACCAAUGGAUCUGUCCACUUUGUUAAAGAAUGUCCAGUCACACAAAUACCAGAGCAAGGACCAUUUUGUGGAAGAUGCAGAGCUCUUGUACACCAACAGCCUACAGUACAAUGGGCCCGACCAUGCGGUCACCAACACUGCCCGUAAACUGAUGGAAGUCAUGAAGGAGGAGCUGAAAGAAAAUGAAGAACACAUUGCACAACUAGAAGCAGACAUCCGGGCAUCGCAGGAAGCAGCCCUGGAGGCAGCAGAUACAGAUAGUAUGACUGGUACGUCUUUGAACAGGGAUGAUGGCAGUGUCCUAGGUGCGGACACGGAGAGCUUGGACGGAUUCAGCAUUGGCACAAAGGACAAUGUCACCAUUGCCGAGGAUGACACAAACUCAGCUAUGCCACACUUCCGUGACGGAAGAGAAUACUCCAAGACUGGCCAUGGGAUGUCCGAUUCAGAAUUUGUGGAUAUAGAGGGGGAUGAAGAAAGCCUUAUCAACCUGCAGCGUAGCCAGCAGGACAUUGACAUGGAUGAAGAAGAAGAGGAUGACCUGGCUAAAGAUUUACACCUCUCGGAUGGGGAGGAGGAAGAAGAAGAAGAGGAGGAGGAAGAUGAAACCAGUGUGGACAAUAUUGGUGACCUCAACCAAUCAGGGGAGGCUGUCAUGGAGGUGGGGGAGGUCGGCAACUUUGACGAGAAUGCCCAGUCGUAUUUUGCCACAGGUGAUGAGGAAGCUCUGGGAGAGACAUACGAAACUGCACAGUACGAAGAGGAAGGUGACAGUUUUGACCCCAGCGAAUUCUUCAAGAACAGCACACUGGCCACAGCGCAGGCCCAAGCUCAGGGAGGGGUGGACAUCAAUGAUGACCUGGAGAUAUCUGAUGACAGCGAUGAGGACAGGCAUGGGGAGGUUGAACAGAUGGAGGAGGAGGAAGAAGAAGACAGUGAGCCCUACCCUUUGAUCCCCACAGAAAACCAGACCACAGAGGGAUUCGAUAUCAAUGAAUAUAUAUAA